GCCAUUAGGAAUUCUCUUAUGGGGGCCGUCAUCCGCAGAGAUGAUGAGGAACUUCACCAGUCGCUGUUACCGGAAUCGACAACCCCAGACUUCGGAUUAAAACCCGGAGCUGAAGAUCAAGAUCAUAGAAGCCUUGCAUCAAGGGUCUGGAUUGAAACCAGGAAGCUAUGGCGCAUCGUGGGUCCCGCCAUCUUCAGCCGUGUCGUUUCGUACAGCAUGAACAUUAUCACCCAAGCAUUCGCUGGCCACCUUGGCGACGUUGAACUCGCUGCCAUUUCAUUUGCCAACACUGUCAUCGUCGGCUUCAAUUUUGGCCUCCUGUUGGGGAUGGGAAGCGCGCUGGAGACGCUGUGCGGGCAGGCAUUUGGGGCGAAGAGGUACCGCAUGUUGGGAAUAUACCUGCAAAGAUCAUGGAUUGUGCUCUUCUGCUGUUGUUUCUUGCUAUUACCUGUUUACGUUUUCGCUGCUCAGAUUCUGAAACUCCUUGGACAACCCGACGACGUGGCGGAGCUUUCAGGGGUCGUGGCUUGCUGGCUAAUACCCUUGCACUUCAGCUUUGCGUUUCAGUUCCCAUUGCAGAGAUUCUUGCAGUCCCAGCUCAAGAACUCAGUGAUUGCGUGGGUUUCUCUAGCGGGUCUACUGGUCAAUGUGUUAACCAGUUGGCUCUUCGUCUAUGUGUUUGACUUUGGGGUUGUGGGUGCGGCUAUUUCUCUGGAUAUCUCGUGGUGGGUUUUGGUUUUUGGUUUGUAUGGGUAUGCUGCUUACGGUGGGUGUCCCCUGACAUGGAGUGGUUUCUCUAUGGAAGCCUUUCAAGGGCUUUGGGAGUUUCUCAAGCUCUCUGCUGCAUCUGGUGUUAUGCUCUGCUUGGAGAAUUGGUAUUACAGAAUACUGAUAUUAAUGACAGGGUACUUGCAGAAUGCCACUCUUGCUGUCGAUGCCUUGUCGGUCUGCAUGAGCAUUAACGGGUGGGAGCUGAUGAUUCCCUUGGCCUUCUUUGCUGGUACCGGAGUAAGGGUAGCGAAUGAGCUUGGAGCAGGGAAUGGAAAGGCAGCAAGAUUUGCAACAAUUGUGUCUGUCACGCAGUCAAGUAUUAUCGGACUUUUCUUCUGCGUGCUCAUCAUGCUUCUCCAUGACAAGAUCGCAUAUAUUUUCACCACCAGCGCUGAUGUCCUCGAAGCAGUUGAUAAUCUAUCAUUGCUCUUAGCCGUCACCAUUCUCCUCAACAGUGUUCAACCCGUUCUUUCAGGAGUUGCGGUCGGGUCGGGUUGGCAGGCAUGGGUUGCAUAUAUAAAUCUGGGAUGCUACUACGUAGUUGGGCUCCCUCUUGGAAUUGUAUUGGGAUUAGUCUUCGACUUAGGAGUAAAGGGUAUCUGGGGUGGAAUGAUUUUUGGUGGGACUGCCAUCCAAACGAUGAUUUUGGCUAUCAUAACAAUCAGAAGCGAUUGGGAAAAGGAGGCAGAAAAAGCCGGAGUUCGUGUAAACAGAUGGUCAAGUCCUAAUCCGGAUGAUCACUCGGAGGUCCAAGAUUAAACCGCAGGUUUGAUGAAUUUUUCUACUUUUUGGUACAUCAACCUGGCCCACCUGGGCCUGAUGCAGGCUGAAAAAUAAAGCAUACGUCUUUUACUUUUAUUUAGGUCUUAUUAGUUAAAUAGGUUAUUAGGAUUAUGAUUUUAUAUUUUAAGGGGGAAAAAUACUUUUUUUUGGGAGGCUAAAGUAUAUUUUCCUUUAUUUUAAGUUAUUUUGUAAUUCAGUAAUGGGCUUGGCCCAAAGUCAUGUAAUUUAGAGUUAGUGAUAUUUUAUAAUUCAACGGCCUUAGUUCAAAGUCGGUCAAAUCAAUGUUAGAUUUUAUCUAGAGUUUUUAUUUAAAUGCUCUUUGUAUUCCUAUGAAGAGAGAUUAUGAUAUUGAAAAGAAAAAAAUAACAAAUGUUUUCUCUUAGGUGUGAA